UUCAUAGUUCGUGGGAUAUUUUUAAAAACGUGAAUACUCGAAGGAAGGCAGGCUUUGACAAGAAGGACUAAAAUGGAUAUCUACAAUGGAUACUCUCACCCUUUCCAACAUGGCGGCGAUAUAUCGAUUCACGAUUUAGUAGAUUGUGACAUUAAAGACUUAGAUAUUAAUUACAACGAUCCUUCUUUUGAGCCCAGUCAGUAUACAGAUGCAGUCUUCCAUCAGCAACUGAAGUCGGAUAAAUUUCACGGCACUUUACCAGCGGAUCUCACCAACCUGCAGUGGUUGCAAAAUAUGAAUGUGGCCAUUCCUGUGGAUCAAAAUACAGCCGUAAAUCAGCAAUUGCAUGACAGUGUUAUGGUCGACCCCAAUACGGCAAUGCCUGUGCAAAAUAUGAACGGAUGGGCAAGUCAGAAUUCAGUACAAGUUCAAUCUAUUCAUCCACAACAUGCAGCCCAAAGGCGAGUUAUGGACAAGCCAAAGAAAUCAACAAACAUCCCGAUAUCAGCCAAAGAUGACAAAAAUCACAAAGAAAAGACUUAUCCUAAGCCUGUAUUUAGUUACUCCUGUCUUAUAGCUAUGGCUUUGCAAGAUAGCGAUGCUGGAACAUUGCCUGUCAGCGAAAUAUACAAAUUUAUGCAAUCGAAUUUCCCUUAUUUUAAAACAGCACCUGACGGAUGGAAGAACUCUGUGCGCCACAACUUAUCUCUAAACAAAGCCUUUUGCAAACUUGAUCGUCCCCAGGGCACUUCUCAAAGGAAGGGAUGCCUGUGGACUCUAAAGCCAGAAAAGAAAGAACAGAUGUUUAAGGAAAUUAAGAAAUGGAAAAAGAAACAUGCUGAUUCCAUCAAAGCUAGCAUGGCCAGGCCAGAUGAAUUUCACAUAUCAAACGACGAUAUGGAUAGCAAAUAUUGUGCCAAGCCACCACCAAAGGAUAACAACGAGCAAUUCGCCGCAACCGAUGCUGCAAAGGAUCUAUUUGGAAACGGAAUUAUCAUAGAAGAGAUUCACUCAGAAGCAUUCUGGGACGAUAUUAUGUCGUCAUCGUCGCCCGAUAGUCUGAAGUAUGUCGACCCCAAUUUUGUCACCUCGAUACCUACUGGUCCUACCAACACAGCUUACCCUAACGAAGUUAGCACGACUGUAGAAGUAGACUCGUCCGCUCAUUAUUAUGGUAACGAAUUUGAAAACCAUAUGUCACCUGUAGGUAAUGUAUAUACUUAUAAUAAUAGUAAUAUAUACCCACAAACUGUAGGAUACUAGGAACUAUAGAGUGCUAGCGUAUGUUAUUUUAGGACUUUUUAAUUUAUUCAAUGGGAACAUAAAAGUGGGUUGGUGGUCUUUUCAGAAUAAAGAAAGAAUUGGCCUCAAUCAUGAAGUAACGUAAUAACUAAAGUGAAAUUUAUUUAUUCAAAAAUUGCGAAUACUAUAUUGGAUCCUAGUAUUUUUGACUUUCCGAUUCAAAAUAAAAUAAACUUUCAAAUGAAUUUUGAAUUGGCAAGCAUGUUAUUCAUUUCGAAAAGAAAAAGCAUUAUUUAUUGCGGCGAGCCCUAUUCUACUUUAAUUUACGUAGUUAAGAGUAAUCAUGAAAAGUAUGCGGGCACCAUCAGUUUCAAAAUGUCCAAAACAUUUUUAUGUUCUCGUAACAAUACAUAAUAUAUACAAUUUAGAUUGAUCUAAUGAUCAGAUGCUGAGCAGUUGGGGUCUGAAAAUAGUAGCGAAAAGAAAUCCAUUUCGUAUUUAUCCAUACUUUUUUCUCUGGUUUCUUUCUUGUUCCUUUUCCGAAACUGUUUGAGAGUUCGUAAAUGAAUGCAAAUUUGAGAUAAUAUUACUAAUGCUCAAUAUUAUGUUGGCAUUCAAACGUUUAAUUGUCUCGUUAAAAUUGCAUUAAUUUUAAUAUUAACAAUAUUGAAAUUGGAUUUUUACCUGCAAUUAGCCUCAGCUCCUACUAACAAGAGAAAUUUUCUACAUUACCGAGUUUAUUUCUGGUGACCUUGUUUCUAAAACGGGGAUGAACCGUGGAUCAAAGCGUCAUCAUCCGUCAGGUGGGACUUGUGACAAAGGCAACUACGGAAAUUCGUUUUGUCAGUUUGUUUACCACAAUCGUACAUGCACAGGACAAACAGGAGUGAUACUUUCACCUGUGAAAACAACUUGGAAAUAUUCAGUGCAAUAUUCCCGCAGAUUUCAAAGUAUUUUUGUACUAAAUCCAAACACAGUGCUUUUACAUAAUGUCGAUUCGGUUGUCUAAGUUUGAUUUUAAGGUUAAGAAAUUAUUCAUUUCAUUGUGGGCUAGUUGGAAAUCGUCAAUCUAUGAACGUUUUCUAUCUCUGAAUAAUUACGAAUAGAUCCUAUUGAUUAAUCAUGUUUGACCGCAUGCUACCUCGAUUCCAGGGCUUUCUGGUGUUUAACCUCUCGUUUACCACACACGACGCUGUUUCCUCUUGGUUUCGUGCCCAGUUGCUAACUUAUUCUCAAUCAAUCAGUGUGCUCUGAAAUACGAUUUCGUAUCCGUAAAAAGGGUCAUUUGUGGGUAAUGGUCUGUUUUAUAGGGAACGAAAUAAUUCAAAGUUCUGCCACCUUAUGCAUUCAAAUACCUUUGCCAGUUCUAAUUAACGUAAUAUAGUGUACAAGAUAGAAUGUUCAUUGGUGAACUAAAAUUCGAUAUCGCAAAUUAAGUGUUGUAAAUAUUCAUGCUUUUAACAAAGACGUAUUUGUCUCUUCGUAGUAAUAUAUUGUUUUAACUAUUUGUAAAAAUGUAAAUACUCUAUCUAUUUACUUUAGCUAUAAUAUUUUAAUUUGUCUUUAC